AUGGAAUGUCCAGUCGUCAUCUUAUCCAAAAAAAUGUCUAAGGAGUGUCCUACUUUUCCUCAAUUUCCUUUACAAAAAAUUCGCGAGGCAUCGAAGCGUCUCCGUGAAUCCCUACAGAUACCAGAGAUACUUGUAGGCAACAGCAGCAGCAGCAGCAACAGCAACAGCACCAGCAGCAGCAUCAGCAGCAAGAGCAGCAGCAGCAGCAGCAGCAGCAAGCAGAUGGGUUUAUAUCGGGUAGAAGAUUGUUAG